AUGUUGAGAGCCUCGUGGAGGAUGGGACUCGUGAAUGACCUCAAGGUGAGCAAUCCUCGAUCCCCGCAGAUCAUUCGCUCAUCUUUUUAGUAAUUCCUCCUCCGCAUACAGACCGUCAAAGGUCCGUGGUCUGCCCUCGCGACUCUUGCUGGUGCCAUGGGCAUUGCGCUCGCCCUCGAAAGUUCUUCCCUCGGUAGCUUCAAUAACCGAUGGCUGCCCUACACCGGAACCUACCCGACGCCGGUCCCGGAAACAACGGUCGUGAGUGCAACAAGUCGGUGAUCAAGGCUUGGACAUACUUGAGCUCACCUUUCGAACCUUGUCCGCACUCACAGAUGAAUAUUCACUCGCUGGCUUUGAUCUUAAUUGUGCUCGUACCGACACUGCGGCGCCAAGUCGACCCUCCGAACGGCCUUUCAACAUCAUCAAUAUCUACAAAGUCGAGCGUCGUACUUGUGUUCCUCACUGCAUCGGCCUUGCUCGCAUCGACCUUUUCGUCGCCGACUUGUCACCUCAAACCCUAUCUACCCUCAUUCUUCUGCUCCAAGCCGAUAGCAACCGGCCCAGUUCGAAUUCUGGCUUCUCAGCAAUCCAUCACGGGCCGAGUCGUUGUUGGAGAGACUGUGGUGCACAAUCUUACGCUGAGGUAUCUGCGCGUCGACCAUUCGUUGCUCGGAGGAUUGUGGAUGAUGCCUGCUGAACAGGAGGUGGCGACGGGUCGAUCGAGCCGACUAGCUGUGAACGAUGCGGAAACGGAGCUAAGAAGAGCCGAAAGUAUUUAUGUGAGUGAUCCGUUUCCUUGCGACGAGAUCGGGCGCUGUGCUGCUGUGCUGGGACAACACGACUUUAACUCUAGCCGAUCUGUCACCCUCGGCGAGAUAGUCAACCUUUAUAUUACAGGAGCUAGUCAGGCUAGCGAGGCCACCGAGAACAAAGGGUGGAGUCCAAGAGGAAAAGGCUUUAGUCAUGUGAGUAGGCUAAAGCCCAUGUAUUCAAUCCAGAUUCGAUCCGUCGGCUCAUAGACCGCGCCGUUUCUGAUCGCAGUGGUUUAGGGGCGGGAUUGAUCGCUCGUUCGCUCGAGCAACAUGGGAUUGUGACAUCGCUCGUCGAGAUUGACCCAGUCGUCUACCAAUAUGCACGUGACUAUUACGGAGUGAAAAAUAUGCGCGGCGAGGUUGCUCUCGAGGACGCGAUUGGGUUUCUCUCGAGGAAGCAAGGACAGGAGGUGAAUUCGGGCGGAACUCAACACAGUGGCAAGCGGCCGACGCUUCAGGAAGGCUGAUUUCGGCACCGUUUCGCAUUCACUGCCAGACAUACGACUACAUUAUUCACGACGUCUUCACCGGUGGCACGGUCCCUCCUUCGCUUUUCACGAUGGAGGCCUGGGCACUGGUCAAAUCCGCUCUCACCCCGGACGGUUUGGUCGCCAUCAACUUUGCCGGCACAGUCGAUUCCCCCACCAGCCACGUCGUGCUAUCUACGAUUCUCGCCUCUUUCUACCAUUGUAUCGUUCUAGGUGAUGGAGGCCUGACGCGUUCUACCUCGGGGUUCAGUAACCUCGCAAUCUUUUGCUCUGCGCAACCGGGUCGGAAGGUCGUUCUAAGACCGGCCGUAGCCAGCGAUUAUCUCGAAUGGCCUUCACCCAAUCUACGACGCAAGAUCCUGGGUAACUUCCAGGACUUUGUUCAGGAUCUGGAUGAAUUGGUUCCGAGGGACAAGUUGGAGGACGUGUUGAGAGGGAAGAAGGGGCGGAAGAGGUUGAAGGAUUUGCAAAGGGGUUCGGCAGAGUUGCACUGGGGUUUGAUGAAUGGGGUGCUGCCGCUGGAGGUAUGGGAUGUGUAUUAG